AUGCAUUUUUCGACAAUUUUCAUCCCUUUAACCUUAGCUGCUCUAAAAGUAAGCGCUGGGCCAGCUAAAUAUUGCGUCUAUUACGCCGGCUGCCUUCCCGCGACACGUAUCCUGCUUGGGCACGUUGAAAUCGGCACUACAGCAACUUUUAUAGCCGGUGGGUAUGAAUACGAAGUUCAAGCGAAAGACCAGAGAUGCGAAGUUAUUCUCACCAAUGGCAGGCCAGCACCGGCCUGGCUUGUUGCCGAACCUCAAUAG